AUGGAUCAGCAGGGUCAAUCCGGGGUUCCCGGCCCCGCGGGGCGCAAGCUCCAUAUCGCCCACAGAAGAAGUCCGUCUGAAUUGACCCCUCUCAUGAUGGAGCAACUCGCUAUUCAGCAACAGAUUGAGCUUCUUCAACAGCAACAGCAGCAAAUUGCAGCUACACAUCAACAGUACGUCAAUAUGGGUCUGUUACAACCGCAACAGCUAGGCCAGGUUUCUGCAUUCUCGCCUUCUCUUCAGGGUGGCGCUUCCAUGGGAGGCGUCUCCCCUCAGUUGAAUGCAUUCCAAUUCCCACAACUCGCUCAACAGCAGCUUGGCGUGCCGAUGAACACCUCAACCCAACACUCGCACCGGCGCAAUCAGUCUGCCCUGCCCGGUCUCGGCAUGGGUCCCCCUCCCGCCCCGUCCUCAGGAGCUUCGGGCUAUACCGACUACAGCCAGCAGCAACAGGGUCACCAACCCAAGAAUGAGAACGGAGGCCAUGGGCGCGGACGAGGUGGUCCUCCCGGUGGUGGCCACCAGCGCCGUCACUCGCUUGCGCUUCCUGAAGCCAAAAAGGCCGCUGAAUUGGCCCAGCAGAAGCGGACGGCCUCCGGCUUCCAGUUUCCCGCACCCAGCACCCCUGGCGACUCUGAUACCACCCCGGGCGCUGACGAUAAAUCCACUCCCACCUCGCAGACCCCACAAGGCUUGGGCCUUCACCGAGCCGGUAACAUUCGGGCGGGUGGUCAUGGUCGCAGUCAAUCCAUGGCUGUUGGUGGAAACCGUGGUUCUUUGUCUGGUCGCGGUGCUGGCGGCUUCCAAUUCCCUCAAGCUAGCGACGGCGAGAAUCAACGUCGUGGCAGCCAGCCCGGUCACGCACGGUCUUCGUCCAGGAACUUUGAUGGUAACUGGCGGCAGCCCAACAAUCAAGCUCAGGGCCAGGACCAGCCCAAGAGCUUCGGCCAACAGAGCGGGGGUUUCCAGCCUGGCCACCGUGCCCGUGCUUCAAUGAACCAGUCCAUUGGCUCCAUUGGAUCUUUCCAGUACCCGCAACAGCCCCAGCUCAUUCAGUUGCCCCAAGGUCAGGUGGUCAUGGCCCCACCACAGAUGUUCGGCGGUGGUCAGCAACUUAACCCUCUGCAGCUUGCGCAGCUUCAGGCCCUGCAGCAGAAUGGACAGCUGAACGGCCAAGGUCUUGGUCUUCAGGCUAGUCAACAUGCCCCGCCACAGCUGUCUGCCCAGCAGCAGCAGCAACAACAGCAGCAGCAGCAGCGCAAGACCCUUUUCACUCCUUACUUGCCCCAGGCAAACCUGCCUGCGCUGCUGAGCAAUGGCCAAUUGGUCGCCGGUAUCCUUCGCGUGAACAAGAAGAACCGUUCCGAUGCCUACGUAACCACUCCAGACCUGGACGCAGAUAUCUUCAUUUGUGGUAGCAAAGACCGUAACCGUGCCCUUGAGGGUGACUUUGUUGCCGUUGAACUGCUGGAUGUGGACGAAGUUUGGUCGCAGAAGAAAGAAAAGGAGGAGAAGAAGAAGCGCAAAGACAUCACCGAGGCUCGUGCCGGCAGCAGUGCUGGGGGUGACAAGCUGUCUCGGUCUGACUCUGGCGCCAACGGGGACCGUCAGGAGGUUGGACCGGAUGGUAGCAUCCGUCGCCGUGGCAGUCUCCGCCAGCGGCCCACCCAGAAGAAGAACGACGAUGUCGAAGUCGAAGGUCAGAGCCUUCUCUUGGUUGAAGAAGACGAAAUCAGUGACGAGCAGAAGCCACUGUAUGCGGGCCACAUCGUGGCUGUUAUCGAGCGCAUUGCGGGGCAGAUGUUCUCGGGAACACUUGGUCUCCUCCGUCCCAGUAGCCAGGCGACGAAGGAGAAGCAGGAGGCCGAGCGGCUGGCCAGAGAUGGUGGCCACGGUCGUCAGCAGCAGGAACGCCAGCAGGACAAGCCUAAGAUCGUGUGGUUCAAGCCUACUGAUAAGCGUGUUCCCUUGAUUGCUAUCCCAACAGAGCAGGCUCCUCGGGAUUUCGUUGAGAAGCACCAAGAGUACGCCAACCGCAUCUUCGUUGCAUGCAUUAAGCGGUGGCCGAUCACUUCCCUGCAUCCCUUUGGUACUCUAGUCGAGCAGCUUGGAGAGAUGGGCGAUCUGAAGGUGGAGACUGAAGCUCUUCUUCGGGACAACAACUUCGGUUCUGAUGAGUUCUCUGAUGCCGUGCUCAAGAGUAUUGGAUGGGAUGACUGGUCUGUUUCCAAUGAGAACGACGCUGUCCUAGCCACUCGUCGCGAUUUCCGUCAGGAAACUACUUUCACCGUCAACCCUAGCGGUACCAAGGAACUUGACAAUGCCUUCCAUAUCAAGCCUCUCGCCGAUGGAAAGGUGGAAGUUGGUGUUCACGUUACAGACAUUGCUCACUUUGUCAAAGCCAACUCCCUGGUUGACCGCGAGGCCAAGAAGCGGGGAACUGCUGUCUAUCUCAUGAACCGCCUCGUGAACAUGCUACCCACUCGUGUCUCCAAUGAGCUUUGCGCUUUGCUGCCCGGCGAAGACCGCUUCACGGUUAGCGUUGUGUUCAAAGCUAACCCCGAGACCGGUGCUAUCGACGAUGAUGUCUGGAUCGGCAAGGCGAUCAUCAAGAGCUCUGGUCGACUCAGCUAUGAUGAGGUCGAUGCCGCGAUCCAGGGCACGUCUGCUCUCGCUGUCCCUGGCAUCACUGCCGACACUCUCAGAGCAUUGUACGCUGUCACGUCAAAAUUCAGGGAGGCAAGGCUCGGUAACCGGGUCUCUCGUAUUCCUCCUCUUCGUCUGCUGUAUCAGCUGGAUGACGAAAAUGUGCCCGUUGAGCACAACAUCUUCCACUCUUCCCCUGUCCGGGAACUUGUGGAAGAGCUUAGCUACAAGGCCAACUUCCUUGUGGCACGCAAGUUGGUCACUGCUUUGCCCGACAAGGCCUUCCUGCGUCGCCAGAUGUCGCCAAAUGCUCGCCGUCUCCACCUCUUUGUUGAGCGAAUGAACAGGCUCGGCUAUGGUCUGGAUUCGACCAGCAGUGGAACUUUGCAGAGCAGUCUCUGCCAAGUCCAAGAUGAUGACUUGCGUAAGGGUAUGGAGACUAUUCUGCACAAGGCUAUGCAACGUGCGAAGUACUAUGUGGCCAGCAGUGUGCAGGAUGAUCAGCGUCAACAUUACACUCUGAACCUGCCCGUGUACACACAUUUCACCAAUCCUUUCCGCCGCUACGCAGAUAUCGUCGUUCAUCGCCAGCUGGAAGCCGUCCUGUCUGAUGGUGCGAUUGAAUUCUCUGAUGACUUGGAGUCAUUGACCAAGACUGCCGACCUCUGCAACAACAAGAAGGAUUCCGCUCACAAUGCUCAAGAACAGAGCGUUCACAUCGAAGCAUGCAGAAGCAUGGACAAGGAGCGACAGGAAGUCGGUGGUGACCUCAUCAGCGAGGGUAUUGUGAUCUGUGUAUACGAGUCCGCCUUCGACGUUCUAAUCCCAGAGUAUGGCUUCGAAAAGAGGGUCCACUGUGAUCAACUGCCCUUGAAGAAGGCUGAGUAUCGCAAGGACACGCGUGUGCUGGAACUCUACUGGGAGAAGGGCGUGCCGUCCUCGGCUUAUGUCCCUGAGGAUGAGCGGCCGAAGCCUGCGAACUCCCGUGCGGCUCAAGCUGCAGCUGCAGCACGUGAAGCAGAAGCUGCCAGAGAACGUGCCCGGGAGCGCGAAGAAGCUAUGCGGAGACAGACGGAUACCGGCACCAUGUCCCAUGAUGAUGUCAAUGCUCUGUUCGACGACGAUGACGACGAUGUUUCUGAAGUCACCGAGAUGGCUGCGGGCGUGUCAUUGAAUUCGUCCGCUGACCGUUCAACCCAGAGCAUGCCGCCUUCGCCCACUCGCAAUGGUCAUCUCCAGCAGGCGCCUCACCGCACGCGUUCUGACCCGAAGAUCGCAACCCUCGGUGGCGAUGCUCCUGAAGCUAAGCUGACAAACAAAGAGAAAUACCUGCGGCUGUUCAAGCUCAGGGAAGAAGACGGAGAAUACAUCCAGGAUGUCACCGAGAUGACCCGUGUCCCUAUCAUCCUGAAGACUGACUUGAGCAAGAGUCCCCCAUGCCUCACUAUUCGUUCUGUCAACCCCUACGCAUUGUAG